AUGGGCAAAGACGAUUCUGGAUCUAGUGAAGUGAAGGCCACGGCUCUGCACCCUGCAUACACUGUGACGAACGUUCAGACAAAGAUUCGAACUCUUGAUGGUGUUAAGAUUUACAGCACUUUAUCUGAUGAUCUAAUGGUUCGUAUUCUGGAAAGUGAUACCACGGCUCAAGCAGCAUGGAACAAGCUCAAAGUAAACUUCCUCAACAACAAGGGUUCACGAGCAGCAGCACUUGAACAAGAAUUUUCCAAUCUUAAUUUUGCAGCAUGUUCAUCAAUGGAGGCUUAUUGUCAGAAACUCAAGGAUUUGGUUGAUCAACUCGAAGAUGUCGAUAACCCGGUCACCGAAUCAAGACUUGUUCUACAGAUGGUUCGAGGUUUACCACCUGAAUUUGAUGUUGUAGGGGCAUAUAUCAAUCAAAGUUCUCCAUCUUGGGAGACAGCUCGUAGUAUGUUACAACUGGAGCAACACCAACAAAACACCCGACAAAACCAAUCACAUACGGCCCUUGCUGUUUCUGAUGAUCGAUCACAGAAAAACCCUACAGGGGAUGCCUAA